AUGAUUCAAUUUGGCGUAAUUGUUAGAAAUUUCUCAAGUUCAUCAGCAGUACAAAGUGCAAUCAAGAAUGUAACUGUUAUUGGUGGUGGAUUAAUGGGGUCCGGCAUCGCCCAGGUGUCAGCCCAAGCUGGUCAAAAUGUAACAUUGGUAGAUGUGAGCUCAGAUGUUUUGGCAAAAGCACAAAAAUCAAUUGGAGCAAAUCUUGGACGGGUAGCCAAGAAAGUGUACAAAGACAAACCUCAAGAUGGCGAAAAAUUUGUUACUGAAGCUCUGGCGAGGAUCAAGACAUCUACAGACCCAGUAGAAGCCUCAAAGACCUCUGAUUUAGUUGUAGAAGCUAUUGUUGAAAAUAUUGGUGUGAAACACAAGCUUUUCAAGCAACUUGAUGAGGCAGCUCCAGCUCAUACAAUCUUUGCAUCAAACACAUCUUCCUUGUCCAUCAAUGAAAUUGCAUCAGUUGUUAAGAGGAAAGACAAAUUUGGUGGACUUCACUUCUUCAAUCCUGUUCCGGUUAUGCGACUCUUAGAAGUCGUUAAAGGUGCUGAGACUUCUGAAGCAACCUACAAGUCAAUGAUGGAGUGGGGCAAGGCUGUGGGCAAAACCUGCAUCACAUGUAAGGACACCCCUGGGUUUGUGGUCAACAGACUUUUGGUGCCUUAUGUCUGUGAAGCUAUUAGGCUGUUUGAAAGAGGAGACGCAUCAGCUCGCGACAUCGACAUCGCCAUGAAGCUUGGUGCAGGCUACCCAAUGGGCCCCCUAGAACUGGCUGAUUACGUAGGAUUAGACACCAACAAGUUUAUCCUAGAUGGCUGGCACAAGAAGUAUCCAGAUCAGCAACUUUUUAAACCUAUUCCGUUGUUAGACAAGCUCGUAGCGGAGGGCAAACUAGGAGUCAAGAGUGGUGAGGGUUUCUACAAGUAUGAGAAGAAAUAA